GAUCAACACACAACUCAACAUGGUUUUGUCGCGCACGCUCGGUCGCUCCUUGCGCGCUCGUGAGGACGAUGACGACUCGGAGCCUUAUUCCGACGAGCUAGAAGGCAGCUCGCCAUCUGUUCUCGCUACUGGUGAGGGCGGAGACAUUGGAACUCCGGAUCCAGAAUCUGCUUCUGAAGAUGACGAGAUGGAAGUUUUUCAGGGCGAAGAAGAGGAAGACAACGGCGAUGAAGUGAAGGAGCAACUCAGCAAAGUAUCUUUCGGUGCGCUAGCCAAAGCGCAAGAUGCUCUCUCGAAACAAAACACCGCAACCAAAAAGCGCAAACGAGGUUCAGACAAUACUGCGGAUCAAGAAGACAAGUUACAGGCAUUGCGCGAGCGAUUGCGUGAGCUUAAGAAGACCAAGCAGAGCGGAGACGGUGCUGCUAGGAAAUCUUCGGCAAAGAAGUCGAAGGCUGCGGCUAAGGAAGAGUCGGCUGGGGAAGAAACUUCUGCGAGCGAACCAGAGUCUGAUUCUGAAGAUGAGGCAUCAGCCAAACCGAAGUCACGGUCGUCCAAGCAUGCGCCGGCCGUUCAGUCCAGCAAGAAGCCAGUCGGUCGUAAGAGGCAAAUUCUCGAGACAUCCAAACGGCAGGCACGGGAUCCGCGUUUCGAUGCUUUAUCAGGGCCCGUCAACGAACAAAAGCUGAAGAGCAACUAUGCUUUCCUGAAUGACUAUCGCGAGUCCGAGAUGGCAGAACUCAAGGCCACGAUCAAGAAGUCAAAGAACGAGGCAGACAAGGAGAUACUGAAGAAAAAGCUCUUGAGUAUGGAAAGCCAAAAGAAGGCCAGGGAAACGAAGGAGCGGCAAGAGAAGGUUCAAAGAGAGCACAAGAUGAAGGAGAAGGAAGCAGUGAAGGAGGGCAAGACUCCGUUCUACCUCAAGAAAUCCGACGCGAAGAAGCUUGCACUUGUCGAUAAAUUCGACAGCAUGAAGGGUAAGCAAAGGGACAAGUUGAUGGAAAGGAGGCGCAAGAAGGUUGCUUCCAAGGAACGGAAGAACAUGCCCGCAGCCAGAAGGAUGGCUGGCUAAUAGCGCGGCUUGUCAACCGUGGCUUUUCAGCUACGCGGCCAUGUUGCUUUGAGGCUGUUGUGAGAAAUAAUGGCAUUAUCAGCACGCAGGAGUAUAGGCCCCUGCUAUGCUCCCGUCCCGUCACACGG